AUAUCCCUUAGAAUUUGAAGGUGAUGAUUGGGUUUGUUUACCGAACAAGGAUGACCCUUUUUGGGAGACUGAUGUACACAACCUUGACAUGAAUGACGGUUUUUGGGAGGAGAAGGGGCUCAUUGUCAAGUUGUAUGAACCAUUUUGGGAGAUGUAUAGCCUCAAGCGUGAUUCUUGGAGGAAACUUGAUGGAUUUGAUGAUAUGCCUGUUUCUUACCCUGGUAUAAUGUCUAUGGUGAACUUGAAUGGAUUUUGCCACUGGUUGACCCAAGGACCUGAUGUAGUGUCCUUCGACUUUAGCAAGGAGACAUUCGUUGCAACUACCUUACCUUCUUCAGAUGUAAGACAUAGAUCAUACUCGUUUGCCUUGGUGGAGUUAAAUGAGUCUCUUUCUGUCAUCUAUAAUUACGACAGGACGCCUGAUUUUCAUAUUUGGGUUUUGGGUGAAGUGGGUGUCAAGGAAUCAUGGACCAAGCUCUUUGUUGUCGGGCCUUAUAAUUGUUUGAUUGUCUGUCCUAUCUCAGUAGGGAACAAGAACCGUAUAUUUUUCAGGGAAGAAGAUUCUGAGCUAGGCUGGCUAGAUUUAAGUACCCAAAGGGUUGAAAGAUUUGAAGUUCAAGGCAAGUCAUUUUGUACGUACAUGGUAAUCUAUCAGGAAAAUCUUCUUCCUUUUCCAAGGAAUGAAUAAUUUCAGCUAGUGAUUCAUGAACUUUGUUCUUAGAUUUAGCAUUUUAUAUCAAGAUGAAUGUUAUGAAGUUAUCUAGAAACUGUGACUAAUUCCAGAGUUCUAUACUCCAUAACACUAUGUCACUUUGUUAUUUGACAUUUAUUUGUAUGGAGAAAUGAGAUAUAUAACCUACUUGUUCUUGGUGGCAAUUAAAACCUAAUUGAUUGAAAUAAAUUGCCUAUUUACUCUACUCUGUUUAUGUAUUCCCGUGGUUAUAUUGACAUGACAUUGUGUAUAAAA